GGGGGUGCCCCCCCCUGCAGCAGGAUCCACCCCACACUGGGACCCCCCAUCCGCCUGCGUGUGCCCCCCCCCGCAGCGGCUGCAGGACUGGGGGGGGAGCUGAGCCUGGUUCCUGUGGCCGCCCUGUGCCCCUGCCUGCGCCGGACCCCCAACCGCCCCUCUCGCCUCGACGCCAUCACCUUGUUCCUGUAUGACCCCGUGGGGCUCCCGGCCCCGGUGCCCUGGUUCUUCCAGGAUCCCUCUUGGAUGGCGGAUUGGGAACAAUUCGGCUUCACCGCGGUCCCCCGUGCGCCGGCAGAGGGGGAGGAAGAGCUGGUGACUCCCGAUGCCACCUACGCAGUGCAGCAGGGAGGGGGUGGCCCUGAUGGGGACCAGCACCCCCAGAGGCUCCUGCUCUUCCUCUUCCUCCAGCACGAGGACCCCUUCCAGGCAUAUGAUGCCAGCACCCGCCUGCUGCUGCUGCGGUUCCUGGCUCAGACGCUGUGCAGCAGCCGCCCGGCGCUGGCCCGUGGGCUCCGAGCCCUCCUGCACCCCAUGCUGGGGGAGCUGCGGCGGCGGCACGAGGUCCAGCAGCGCCUGGCACGGUCCCUCUCUGUGGCACUGGAUGCGGUGGCAGCCGUGGUGACCGGGAGCUCCAGCGCCCGGUUCCGCCGGGGCUGCCUGAGCUCCAUGCAGGUUGAGGACACCCCGGCUUUGGUGGCGGCCGCUCGGCGGAGCUUGGCUGAGGUCACCCAUAGGCGGCUGCUGCCCAUCGGCUCCUGCCAGACCCACGGGGACCCACAGGGGGGGUCCCCAUUGGAGCAUCCCCGUGUGCAGAGGGGACAAAUGGAAGAGGAGGAGGAUGAGGAGGGUUCCCAGAGCAGCCAGGGGCAGGUGCUGCAGGAGAUGGCCCAAUGGAUGGCCUAAGGGACAGGGAUGGAGCCCACCCCUCUGCCAUGUGCCAGCCCAGUUCACCCAGUUCACCCAAUCCCAGCUGGUUCUGGCAGCCUCAGUCCAGUUCCCCCAGUUGGUUCCAGUUUCCUUCUUUGGGCCUAGUGCCACAGUUGCUCCCUGUUCUCCCAGUUGCUCCUAGUUUCCUCACUGAUCCCAGUUCAACCAGUUGCUCCCAUUUCUACCUGUCACUCCCAGUCCCCAACUGGUCCCAGUUCCCUACUGAUCCCAGUUCUGCCCUGGUCCCAGUUCCCCACAGGUUCCAGUUCUUCCACUGGUCCCAGUUCCCUACUUGUCCCAGUUCUGCACUGGUCCCAGCUCCCCACAGCUCCCAGUUCUUCCACUGGUCUCAGUUCCCUACUAAUCCCAGUUCUGCACUGGUCCCAGCUCCCCACAGCUCCCAGUUCUUCCACUGGUCUCAGUUCUCCCACUCUGUCCCAUUUCUCCCAGCACUCCCAGCCCCCACUGGUCCCAGUUUUCCCAGUUCCCCCCCAUUUUCCCACUCAGCUCCCACGCCAUUGCCCCGCCCCCU